GGUUUUACCGAGCAAUAGUGUGUGUGUCCACAUCGCGUGUUUGUCGGUGUGACGUGACUGUUGGCUUAACCCCUGCUACUAUAUCCAUCUAGAGUCCAUACUUUGGGGUAACAGAGUGCCACCAAGCACGCUUACUAUCAACGCAGAAUGGUCGCAACACAACCUUUUCAGCGCAUUGUCGCUGCAAAGAUAGACGGUCGCUGUCAGAAUAUCAGGUACCGCCAGAAUCAAUUCCAUUCUUUACAGUCCGCUCUUGUACAGAAUAUCGAGCAGAUCAAGGAAGCGAUCGCUGCCGAUUCGGGAAACUCGCCGGAGGAGGUUCGCGCAGAGAUUUGCCUCGCCUUCAAGGAGAUUCGCACACAUUAUGCUUCGCUGGACCUGAAGAAAGACCUGGAGGAGGAGUAUCGCGUUGCCAAUGGCAAAGAUAAUUACGAUGGGAAGCGUGGAGUGGGAAUUGUCUAUAUUGUUCCUUCUUCGCAUACUAUGUUUUUCUCUGUUGUUGCGGCGCUGAGUGCUGCCAUUGCGGCUGGGAACUGUGUAAUCCUUGAGUUGACGAAAAACACCAUGGCCAUACCGGUUGUCCUGAAGAAAAUCCUGCCUCAGACCCUGGACGCAGAUACGUUCGCCAUCAGCGAAGAGAGACCAGACAAUACAUUCCUCAGCAGAACGCACAUAAUUGCACAGAGCGACUCCAUUACUCCCUCUAACAACACUCUUUCUUCGCCCACUACUGCCAGAACCGUUGCCAUCGUCGACCGCACAGCCAACAUCUCCGCCGCAGCGGAGGCACUGGUAUCUGCGCGAUUCGCUUUUGGCGGUCGCUCAGCUUAUUCUCCUGACGUUGUACUCGUACAGGAGUUCGCCAUGAAGGAAUUCGUGGAAGCCAUUAUUCAGCGAUCGUCAAAAUACCUUGCUGGUCAGAAUGGGGAUGCCCGUCAGACGGCCGUCAACCCGCGGCGGACGAGCUCGGGUGUUUCGUUACUCGAUACGGCGUUUAAGGAUGCCAGCGCACGGGUGAUAGUAUCUGGGUCUGAAUGGGGUGUAGUUGAGGUGCACGAUCGGAAAUCCCCUCUUCUGCAAAAGAAGGUAUCCGAAAAGGUGCUUGUCCUGCAUCCCGUGACUAGCCUGGACGAUGCUAUUGAUUUCAGCACAUCCAUGGGAACCCUAGCCGCAACAUACGCCUUCUCCGCCCCAGCAGCCGCUAAAUACCUGACUCAAUUCAUCGACUCAUACACAUCCUAUAUCAACCACGUCCCCGUCGACAUUCUCAUCGGCCCCGCAUACCCCAUCAACCAACAACCCUCGCGCGAAACUCGCUACUCAACGCGCUCUCUGCAGGUCCCUCGACCUCAAUUCGUAACGGAAACCAGCAACACCGCUCUAGUUCAAGAAAUAAUCAAAGGCUACGCAUCCAAGUCCAACGACGCGUUGCGCGAGGCAUUGGUGCCGCUGCCUGCGAUCGGACAGCGCAGUGGCAAGGCAAUUGGGUUCUUCGAGCAGGGAAUCAUCACUGGUGGUGUAAUCACGCUGUUUACUUUUGUGGCGUCUUUUUCGACGAUGGGGAUUUAUGGCUAUGCGGCUGUGAGAAGAUGGAGGGGGUAAUGGGUUGUACAUCAUUUUAUUGGCGUAAAAUUGGAAUGCAUGUGAGUUUAUGCUGUGAGAUUCGGAC